AUGGAGGAAAGUCGAUACUCAGGGUUCUUUGAGCCUUCCAGGAAACAGCGGUGCUGCAGGCUGAGGACACAGCUCGCACUGUUGGGACUGCUGACAGCGGCACUGUGGGCUGGACUGCUGUCCCUGCUACUUCUUUGGCACUGGGACACGGUGCAGAAUCUGAAACAACUGGAAGAUACUGCUGCCCGGACAGUCUCUCAAGUUUCCAAGGACUUGCAAAGGUAUCAGAGUGACCAGCUGGCCCAGAAAUCCCAGGCUGCUCAGAUGUCGCAGAACCUGGAAGAACUCCAGGCUGAACAGAAGGAACUGAAAUCUCAAGACUCCCACCUCUCCUGGACCCUGAACAGACUACUAGAGGACCUAACCCACGCCAAGUCGCAGAGCUUGAACGAGAGGCACACAGCCUUCAAUUCACUGAAGAGACUCUGGGAAGAGGUGGCAAAGCUGUGGAUGGAAAUUCAGGUGUCAAAGGGCUCCGCAUGUAACACGUGCCCCAAGCAGUGGCUCAACUUCCAACAGAAGUGCUACUAUUUUGGCAAGAGUGCCAAGCAGUGGAUCCAGGCCCUUGCCUGCAGUGACCUGGAAGGGCGGCUGGUCAGCAUCCACAGCCAGGAGGAGCAGGACUUCCUGACCAAACAUGCCAACAAGAAGGGCUCCUGGAUUGGCCUUCGGGACCUGGAUGUGGAGGGGAAGUUCAUCUGGAUGGAUGGGACCCCCGUGGACUACAGUAACUGGCACCCCGGGGAGCCCAACAACGAGGGCCAAGGCGAGGACUGCGUGAUGAUGCAGGGGUCGGGGCAGUGGAACGACGCCUUCUGCCGCAGCCAGCUGGAUGCCUGGGUAUGUGAGCAGCUGGCCACGUGCAGUCCAUCUGCCCCCUCGGCCUCUGCAGAACCUGCUCUGACACAUGGACCCGGACUGCCAUCUUCUACCCCUUCCUGA